AUGGUAGUUCUUGUCUCACUGUCCUUAAUUGAACUUCCGCGGCGUAUAAAUAUUGAAGAGUUGUCACUAGCUGGUGGAUUCGCUCUCACUCAAGAGCCGUUCUUCAGAAGUUUGUUACGAGCGAGUGUUGCCUAUACGAUAAAGAAGCAACUGUCAAAGGCACAAAUUAAAAUCCCACCGAAUUUGGGUCGAACAAUGUUCGGUGUUAUCGAUGAGACAGGCAUAUUGCAAUACGGACAGGUCUUUGUGCAAUAUUCCAAAGCGAUCAGCAACAAGAAACCAGCUCGAAAUGCAGCCAAACGUAUUCUGAAAGGACCGAUUUUGAUGACGAAAAAUCCGCAAAUAGUGGCCGGUGACGCGCGAGUAUUCGAGGCCAUCGAUGUACCCGAAUUAAGACAUUUAGUUAAUGUGGUUGUUUUUCCACAGUAUGGACCAAGACCACAUCCUGACGAAAUGGCUGGCUCCGAUUUGGACGGUGAUGAAUAUUGUGUGAUAUGGGAUGAACGACUGUUAUUGGAAAAUAAUGAAGAACCAAUUGAUUUCACGAAAACUGUUCGUAUGCCAGACAACAUGAUAGAAUUCUUCGUGAAUUACAUCAAACAAGAUUCAAUUGGUACAAUCGCAAACGCGUUCAUGGUGAACGCUGACCUUUACGGCAUUACCAGUCAGGUUUGUAUGAAUAUCGCCCGAAAGCAAAGCCAAUCUGUUGACUUUCCGAAAACCGGACAGCCGCCAGCUCCGUUAGUGAAACAGUGGACACAACAAGAGGACGGAACAUUCUUACCACCUGAGAAGGCUGAAAGAUGGCCAGAUUUUAUGACUAAAUCACAUAAGCCGUGUUAUGUGUCACCACGCUUACUUGGAUAUUUGUUCAGGUUUACAUUUCAUUUUGACGUUUUAGCGAUUGCGAGUGUUAGUGAGCAACGUGAAGCGCUUGAGUUGGACCAGGAUUUGCUAUAUGAAGGACGGGAGGAGUAUUUGGAGAUUGCAAGGGAGCGGUAUAACGCCUUUUCAACUGGCCAGCCUCGUACGCUGUAUGUAUUGUUAAAGGCCUUACUGGAUAACUACGGGAUACCGGACGAAGGGCAGCUAUUCUCGGGGUGCGUUAGUGUGAUACGGAAUCGUAUAAGCGAUCGUGAUAUGGACGAUAUGUCUUUUUAUAAUACACUUCAUAUGAUCGAACAAAAGAUGAGUGAAGUCUUCUUGAGAUAUCGUAUAGAUUUCUACAAAGAAUUCGGUGGUUACGUUGAGAACACCGAAGCGGAACUUUCGUAUGGCGGUAACGACACGUCGGAAGCGAACGAACGUCGUAUCUGUAAGAGCCCUUCGGAAAAUAUGCAGAAAAAGGCAUCAGCGUAUUACGAGAUUUGCUAUGGUAUCAAGUUUAAUUUCGCUUUUGUCAUUUAUUUAUUUAUU